GAGACCUGAAUGAAUCAGCUUGCAUAUAUUUGCUGGCCUUGAUCGACUUGAACAACCAAGGAGCACUGAUAGUCUCUGUGUAGUCCAUGGAGACUACUACGUUCUUUAUUUCCCUGCUAGUUCUCUUUGCUUCUCUCUUCUAUGUCUUCUGUAAAGUCAUUCCUAGCCGCCCUAGGCAACAAGCAAAAGAUUAUCAGCUGCCGCCAGGAAGCACAGGUUGGCCCAUCAUUGGUGAAACCUUGGAUUAUCUACGCACAGCCAGAAACGGUGUCCCUGAAAAGUUUGUGGAUGACCGAAAGAGCAAGUACUCAUCACUCUCAUCAUCAGCUGCAGCAACAGCAGGAGGCUUGUGCAAGGUGUUCAAGACAUCGUUGUUCGGCGAAACUAUGGCCCUGCUGUGCAGUGCUGCUGGAAACAAGUUCUUGUUUUCAAACGAGAAAAAACUCGUCAAGGUCUGGUGGCCUUCCAGCUUCCAAAAGAUACUUCCAGCCGACGAGGCCUACAGAAUACGCAAACAUAUGUAUGCAUUUGUCAAGCCUGACGCUGUCCGAAAGCAUAUAGCCGUCAUGGACCAGAUCACGAAACGCCAUUUCGAUACGCAUUGGUCCACGAAGAUGGAUCGAAAGGAAGCGAUCAUGUUUCACUCACUCGCAAAGAAGUACGCCUUAGCAUUAUCUUGUAAGCUCUUCCUAAACCUCGAGGAUCCAGAAGUACUUGCCGAGCUAGAGAAAACCAUUGGGACUAUACAUGCGGGGAUGGUUUCACUGCCAAUAGAUCUGCCAGGCACCAACUUCAACAUAGCCAUCAAAGCAUCGAAGAAAAUGAUGAAGGAAAUUGAGAGUAUGGUUGUGCAGAGGAAGAUAGAUCUCAUGAAUCUGAAUUUGACUGAUCCUGAACAAACAGCAGAUGUGCCACAAGAUCUAAUGUCUAGCUUACUCUUGGAGACAUUUAGCGAUAGAGCAGAGGUUACGGCAGCGGACAUGGCCAAAACUUUGAGUGGUACCAUAUUUCCCAGUUACGAUACUAUAAUUAACACACUCUGUGCCACUGUCAUCUAUCUGUCAGAACUUCCUCUAGUUUAUGAUGCCGUCCUUAAAGAGCAAAUGAAGAUUGCAGAAUCAAAAGAUGAAGGAGAGUUGCUCAAUUGGGAGGACAUACAGAAGAUGAAAUAUACAUGGAACGUGCUAUGUGAAGUAUUACGAUUGCAGCCACCAGGUAGUGGAACAUUUAGAGAGGCCAUCACCGAGUUCAUCUAUGAGGGGUAUCUGAUUCCAAAAGGAAUGAAGUUACAUUGGAAUGUGUUUUCCACACAUAAGAACCCGGAAUACUUUCCAGAUCCACACAAGUUUGAUCCGUCAAGGUUUGAAGGACAAGGACCACCUCCUUUCUCGUAUGUUCCUUUUGGUGGAGGACCUCGAAUGUGUCCCGGAAAAGAAAACGCUCGAGUCCAGAUGUUGGUUUUCAUGUACAACCUGGUCACAAGAUACAAAUGGGAGAUGGUUUUUCCUAACGAGAAGAUGGUCGUGGACCCUGUUUCUUAUUCUACACACGGACUUCCUCUUCAUCUAUUCUCUUGUAAAUCAUAAACGUGAUAAGUAUUGUAACUGUUAUUUGGUUUAAAUAAGUGAAAGUCCGAUCUAUUAUCUAAGAGUAAUGGUAGGUGAGGUGGCAUACUACAUCAUCAGAGCAUAAUUUAUAUUUUAGUUUAUAUUUCU